AUGACUCAAAUAAAACUGAAUGUUGACUCUAUAAUUGCAAAAUUACUGGAAGUACGAAAAAGCGUUCCAGGUAUGAUGGUGAUGCUCACCGAAGAAGAAAUCCGUCAACUAUGUCGUAAAGCUCGAGCAAUUUUUUUGCAGCAACCGGUACUGCUAGAAUUAAAUCCACCAAUAAUGAUUUGCGGAGACAUUCAUGGGCAGUACUACGAUUUACUACGUUUAUUUGAAUAUGGUGGCUGGCCACCUCGAUCGAAUUAUUUAUUUUUAGGCGACUAUGUCGAUCGUGGAAAAAAUUCGAUUGAAGCUAUAUGUUUAGUUUUGGCUUAUAAAAUAAAAUAUCCUGAAAAUUUUUUCUUACUUCGUGGAAAUCAUGAAUGUGCAAGUAUCAACCGAAUUUAUGGAUUUUACGACGAGUGCAAAACAAGAUACAGCAUAAAGCUGUGGAAAACAUUUAUAGACUGUUUUAACUGUUUGCCAUUAGUAGCUUUGAUAAGUGGAAAAAUUAUUUGUAUGCACGGUGGUUUAAGUCCCGAUCUACAUAACUUUAACCAGAUUAGAAUGAUUGCACGUCCUACUGCUAUUCCUGAUUCUGGGCUGAUUUGUGACCUUUUGUGGAGUGAUCCCGACAAAAACGUAUGUAAAUGGGGGGAGAAUGAUCGCGGGGUUUCGUAUACUUUUGGGCCGGAGGUUGUGCAAAACUUUGUCAAAAAACAUGAUAUUGACUUAAUUUGCCGAGGCCAUCAGGUAGUCGAAGAUGGGUAUGAAUUCUUCUGCGACCGCAAACUCGUAACAUUAUUCAGUGCUCCUAAUUAUUGUGGAGAAUUCGACAAUGCUGGAGCCAUGAUGAUUGUAGACGAAAAUUUGUUAUGUUCGUUUAAAAUACUUAAACCAACCGCAGAGAAAAGACAUCGAAACAGUAUCUUCUGUUUCAGCAACGGAGGAUUCAGCUACAAACUUUAA